CAGCAAUCAUGCAUGACGCCAAAAGCGGCUUCUGACGCAAACACACAAACAACAAACAACCCAAAGUGUCUGCCACGACAACCAGCCAACCCACCAGGAGGAUGAGCACCGAGCCGAAGCGCAACCCAGAUGGAACGAUCGACCGCGGUGAGCUGCUGCGGCAGUGGCAUCGGCAGGUCUUCAAGCUGCUCAGCAAAGCCAUUGACGCAGAGGAGGACCCAUCGCCAGAGUCACAAGCCCACGCCAUCGGGCUCUACCAGGACGGCAUCAGCGCCAUCAACCACGCAUUGAACGUUCCCAUCGACAAGACCACACCGGACUACGACCGAUUGCAGGCGCUACGCGACAAGAUGAUUGAGAACAAAGCACAAGCAACAUCCCGCAUCAAGGCGCUACGGGAGAAGACGGCGCCGGCACAGAAAGGCUUGACAGACUCACUGGUGGACAUGAUGCCUGCGUGGCUGCGGGCCAACUUCCGGGAGCGGUCCAAGUCCACCUCUGGCGAUGCUGCGCCCGUGUCCUCUGCGACAGACCGCCCAAAGGCCGUGGUGCCGCCGCGCCGAACGGCAUCCACAUCGCCCGUCAUCACGCGUCCUGCAGCGGCGAUGAAGAAGAAGGACACAACUCGGGGCAAGGCGGGAUCAAAGCAAGGCAAAGACGCUGCGAAGAAGUCGGAGAAGCGGUUCUCCGGUGUUGACACGCGUCUGGCCCAGCUCAUCCUCGAUGAAGUGCUGCAAACCGACACGGGUGUGACAAUGGACGAUGUCAUUGGACUGAAGAAGGCAAAGGAGGCGCUGCGGGAAAUUGUCAUCUGGCCAGCCCUCCGCCCCGAGCUGUUUCAGGGGCUGCGUGCGCCGGCCAAAGGCCUUCUGUUGUUUGGACCACCCGGUAAUGGCAAGACCAUGCUGGCAAAGGCGGUCGCCCACUCGGCCCAAUGCACCUUCUUUAAUAUCAGCGCAAGCUCCCUCACUUCCAAAUGGGUGGGCGAAAGCGAGAAGCUUGUGCGUGCCCUCUUUGCCAUGGCGCGAGAGCUUCAGCCAUCCAUCGUCUUUAUUGAUGAGAUUGAUUCAAUCAUGACGACGCGCACAGCACAGGAGAACGAGGCGUCCCGGCGGCUCAAAACGGAGAUGCUGCUGCAGCUGGACGGCGUGUCCUCGAAGAAGGACGAUCGCAUCUUGGUCAUGGGCGCAACAAACGUUCCAGAGGAGCUCGACCACGCCAUCAUUCGCCGGCUGACGACGCGCAUCUUUGUGCCGAUGCCCGAUCUGGAGAUGCGAAAGGGCCUGCUGAAAAAGCUGCUGUCCAAGGUGCCGCACAAGAUCUCUGACCGUGAGUUCCAGGCCCUGGCCGGCAUGGCGGAGGGCUACUCCUGCAGCGACAUCUCUGCGCUUGCGCGCGAUGCAGCGCUCAACCCGACGCGCGAGCUUGGGGAGCGCCUGGUGACCGUGUCUGCAGACUCCAUCCGGCCCGUCAACGCCGGCGACGUGCGCGACGCCUUUGCCCGCGUGCGCCGCAGCGUGCCCGCAGACGCCGUGCAGAAGAUGGAGCAAUGGAACAGGCUCUACGGCUUUCAAACCUGAAUUGACCGGGGUGCACUCUCCUUUGUCAGUACUGCUUUUUCUGUUACACUCCUCAUGACAUGUGCUCUUGUUGCGUUCCUCGCUGUAAACGAUGAUGAUGAUGA